UUUCCCUCUCUCUCUCACUCUCUCUUCUUCCGUUUUCCUACUGUACAUCCCUCAUCCUCGUAAAACAAACCAUUCAUCAUCCCAUUCAUCAUGUUGGCUGCUCAAUCCAGAGUCUUUGCUCGCGCUGUCCUUACCCGCGCCACUUUGCGUCCUACUGCAGCUAUUGGCGUUCGUUUCUCCUCAGUGUGGUCUAACGUUCCCAUGGGCCCUCCUGAUGCUAUUCUUGGUGUCACCGAGGCUUUCAAGAAGGACACCAAUCCUAACAAAAUGAACCUUGGUGUCGGCGCCUACCGUGAUGAUGCUGGAAAGCCUUUCGUCUUGAAUUGUGUCCGCAAGGCUGAGGACAGGAUCAUGAAGGAUUUGCUUGACAAAGAAUAUGCCGGUAUUACUGGUGUUCCAGAAUUCAACAAGGGUGCUGCUCUUCUCGCCUACGGCGCAGAUAGCUCUCCCUUGAAGGAGGGUCGCAUUGCCAUUACGCAAACUAUCUCUGGUACUGGUGCUCUCCGUGUUGGAGGCGAGUUCCUUGCUAGAUGGUACCCCUCCAGCAAGAAGAUCUUUGUUCCAACUCCUACCUGGGGUAAUCACAUUCCAAUCUUUAAGGACUCUGGUUUGGAGGUUAACCAUUAUAAAUAUUUUGAUAAGAAGACCAAUGGCCUCGACUUCGAGGGUAUGGUCAACGACAUCAAGAAUGCCCCCAAGGGAUCGAUUAUUUUGCUACAUGCUUGCGCCCAUAAUCCUACUGGUGUUGAUCCGACCCAAGCUCAGUGGGAUGAACUCUCCAAGAUCAUCAAAGGUGCUGGUCACUUCCCUUUCUUCGAUAUGGCCUACCAAGGCUUUGCCUCUGGCAGCACUGACAAGGACGCUUAUGCUCUCCGCAAGUUUGUCCAGGAUGGUCACUUGCUCGCUCUCUCCCAAUCAUUUGCCAAGAACAUGGGUCUUUAUGGCGAGCGUACCGGAUCUUUUAGCUUGGUGACUUCCUCUCCAGAGGAAAAGGCUCGUGUCGACUCUCAGAUCAAAAUUGUUGUCCGUCCCAUGUAUUCUAAUCCCCCUGUUAACGGCGCCCGCAUUGUUGCCGCUGUUUUAAACAGUCCUGAGCUGAACGCUGAGUGGUUGAAGGAGGUCAAGGUCAUGGCUGACCGCAUUAUUACCAUGCGCACUCAGCUCAAGAACCAUCUUGUCAACGAUCACAAAUCUAAGCUCAACUGGGACCACAUUACCAACCAAAUUGGUAUGUUCUGCUAUACUGGCUUGACGCCAGAGCAGGUUGAAAAGUUGAAGAACGAGCACCACAUUUACUUGACCAAGGAUGGCCGUAUCUCUGUCGCUGGUAUUUCGAGCAAGAACGUUGCCUACCUUGCUAGAGCUAUUCAUGAGGUCACCAAGUAAUAGAUCUCUAUCUAUCGCUUCAUCAUAUCAAUCAUUUCUUCCACACAUCCUCCUGUCGUUUUACUUUUCCAUGUAGUUCAUUUAUUCAUAUAAGAUUAAAGAAAGAAAAAAAAAAAGGUC